UUUUUUUAGAGAAAGCAAGGGUCCCGAAGAUGGAAAGCUCGCUGCUGACGACAUUGGUAUGGGCGACGCUCGUUGUUGCAGCAACCGCUGCCUUACUCUGGGUACUGAACCGACGGCAUCAACACAAUUUGUUCAGAAGGUAUGGAAUUCCGGGCCCCAAGCCUGAUCUCUUCUCCGGCAACUGGAUGCAACUCAAGAAAAAUCGACUUGAGGUCAUGGAAAGUUGGAUCAAGACAUAUGGCAAGGUUUUCGGCUACUACGUGGGAGAAGUGCCGUACAUGGUAAUCACGGACCUGAACAUAAUCAAGCAGUGCUUGGUAAAGGAGGCAAACAUCGCCUUCAACCGGCCUGAUUUGGUUGUCAACGUUGAGCCAUUCACAAGUUGCCUGAUUGGACUCGUCGGUGAAGAAUGGAAGAGGAUCCGUGCCACGCUGAACCCAAUCUUCACCUCUGCUAAGAUGAAGAUGGUGACGCAAAUCAUUCAAAAUUGCGCUGAUGAGAUGGCGGAAGUUCUGGCUGACCUUGUGCAAAAAGGAGAAAUUGUGGACAUGGCGACGGUGACUCGAGGCUUUUCUAUGGACGUCAUUACUAAAUCUGCACUGGCAUGGCAGGUGGAUUGCCAGAAGAACCCAACAGACCCCCUGCUGAUGGGCGUACAGAAGGUGUUCGAAGACGUUGAUAACGCUGUCAUUGUAAAUGCAAUUCGUUUCCCAGUCCUCCGAAAAAUACUGGAAUGGCUGUAUCCAUACGCCAGCUACUACAAGAUCAUAAACAAAAUUACAGAAAACGUUUUAAACGUGGUAAAGCUCCGGAGGAGCGGACAAAGCCCUAGGACAACUGACAUGCUUCAGCUCAUGCUCGAUGCUCAAACAUCCGGAGAAGGAUUAUCUGUGGGGUCUGGAAGUAAUGCUACAGUAUUUGAGGACCGCCAUCUCUUGUCCAACUGUUUUCUUUUCUUAAUCGCCGGCUUCGACACAACGGCAUCGUCCCUGGCCUUUAUUAUGCAUGUGUUGGCCAAGUACCCCGAAGAACAAGAGCGUGUUUUCAACGAGAUUUCAAAAGCCUUUCCCGAUGGAGCAGAGCUGACAUAUGAUGGCGUUCAGCAUCUGAAGCGCCUGGACAUGGUGGUCUGCGAAACCCUACGCCUCUAUCCGCCCGUGGUGCUUUUUGUUAGUCGCCACUGUACCCAAGACACCACGGUAUCGGGUCAGUUCUUUCCGACUGGUGUGAACGUCUUAGUUCCCACGUGGCACGUUCAUCAUGACCCAGAAUUUUGGCUAGAGCCUUUUAAGUUUGACCCAGAAAGGUUUAGCGAAGGAGAAAAGGUACAGUUGGCAUAUUUCCCGUUUGGGCUGGGGCCCCGGGUCUGCAUCGGAAAAAGAUUUGCUCUGCUGGAAGUGAAAUUGGCCACAUGCAAUAUUAUUAGAAGGUACAAAGUCUCUAAAUGCGAACAAACGCAAGAUCCACUUAGAUUUGUCGUACCAUCAGUGGUACUUAACCCAGAAGAUGGAAUACGUGUUAGGCUACACAAAAGAUGA